AUGGAAAAGUUGCAAUCCCGGUAAGGCAUUGGAACCCCUGAUUAAAAGUGUGAUACUCCACCAGCCGCGCUGAUCAGGUCGCAUAUCUAAUGAGGGUUAAUAUAUCUUGUGAAUUAUUGUCGCUAUUUGCUGGCAACUUUUAUUGUUGCAUGGGUGCCAUUUCUUAGAGAAGGCACAGGCGACAUCGAAACCGUUCUGAAACUUAAACAGUUUCGGCUGUUUUCAGGACAUCAUUAUGGAUUUCGAAUUCGCUCGGAACUGUGUGAGUUUGGUCUAGUAAGGGCAGUCACACCUGACUGGAUUAAAUAUAUAUGUGAAUCCAAUACGUCAUCGCAUAAUACGUUCCGUUGCAAUGAUUAUACUGUUCGAUUUCCUCGCAUCGUUUGAAACCCUCGCAAAAACGUAAUUCAGUUAGUUUUAGUGAAAUUACCGAGCGCAAAUUUUAAUGUGCAAAUUUGAUGCUGUUUGAUUAAAUCGCUGCAGUAAAAGAGUUUGUAGUAAUUUAAUGUUUCCAAAAAGCCCGAGUAAGGGAUUCGAACACCCGCCCCUCAGAUUAAACGUCUGAUGCUCUACCGACUGAGGUAACCGGACUCGCAUAUCUGAUUGGACUUAUAAUCCAUGGUAUAAUAAAUUGAUCAUAACUGGUCAUUACCAACAUUGAAAUGCCCCUCAUAUGGCGUAUAUUAAGGAAACCGUGGGUGUUUCUAAAUUGACGUGUAUCAACCAAGCUAUGGCGGAAACACUAUAGAUUAAACUGCCAAAUCAUGUCUUUAAGUUAAACUGAGCUUUUAUUUCCAGGUAUAGUUAUGUACAGAUUAUUUUGGAAAACUCGUGAUAAUCCUUGACAUAUCAAAAUGAUUGAUAUUAAGAGAGCAUUUCCCCAUCAUUGUGAAGGCAGUAUCAGAAAACGUUUCAAAUUAUGCUCUGAUUUUAAGAGAACAGGUAAUCUCUUUAAUUGUGUUCACAGUGAUUAUAAUGUCACAAAUAAGAUUGGUUCAGUAAAAAUCGCGGGUAAAAUGUCGCGGGUCGCGGGUAAAAACUGGCGGGUCGUAAAAAAGCUCUAAACCGUGUAUUUUAUUGAGUCGCGGGUUGAAUAAAGUGUGUAAAAAUCACAUUAACAUUUAGUUAUUUAAUGGUUUUAUCAAUAGUUGUUCGAAGAUGUUAUGGCUGCAAUUGCGAGUUUCUAGAUAAAUAUAGACAAGAAUCAUAUAACAUUGUAAAGCACGUUGAUAGACGGUAGUGCAAAAGGAUCCUGUUACACAUUCCUAUGUUUAUAGUCCUGAUUUUAGUAAUACAUAUUACCAUCCAAUUUCUACCAUAUCAUACAGGCGUAAAAAUCCGCUAUUCAGUGGCUCAGUGCGCGUUGUCGUCAAGCCUCUGCGCAUCGAUCAGUACUUUCCAGAAACAAGUGCUAGAGAACAGCGACUUAAAUAUCCGGGUUGUUGGUGAAUCAUAAUGUACUUUUAUAAUGUCCUAGCAUGGAUAUAUCUAUUAUUUGUGAUACUAUAUGGUUGUUUUUAAAUUGGUAUAAAACUGAUUGUAAUAGUAGUGGUAAACUGAAUUUAUUUCUACCAAAGUCUUGACGUUUGUUUCUUUCAGAACAUAUUUUUUGAUUAGAGGAUUUUUGUCAUGGUAUAAUUGUUGCAGGUUUGACAUUCUUUCAAGUUUUAGGCUUCUGGCACGUUUAUAUAGAACCAUUAAAUCAUGACAAAAGGCUCUUGGGCAAUAUUUCGUACUGAAGCAAUCCUAUAUGGUUGUUUACAAAAUGAUAAUGUGAUUUUUACACACUUUAUUCAACCCGCGACUCAAUAAAAUACACGGUUUGGAGCUUUUUUUACGACCCGCAACUUUUUACCCGCGACAUUUCACCCGCGACAUUCUACCAGCGACACGCGACCAUUAGUCAAACUCAUGACAAAAGGCUCUUGGGCAAUAUUUCGUAUUGAAGCAAUCCUAUAUAGUUGUUUACUAAAUGAUAACGUGAUUUUUACACACUUCAUUCAACCCGCGACUCAAUAAAAUACACGGUCCGGAGCUUUUUUACGACCCGCGACUUUUUACCCGCGACAUUUUACCCGCGACAAUCUACCCGCGACUUUUUACCCGCGACCAUUUGUCAAACUCGAACUCAUAUGCCACUACAUCCGGGACCAGACGCUCGUAUUUUCCAUAUUUCACGCUUGCUAUAGUGACAUAUACGAAGUUCGAAAAUUUCCCGCCAUUUUCAUUGUUGCUUUGAAAAUACAAAUGGGCUUUGGUUCGUACAUAAAUGAAAUUAACGUUGGAAAUGAAACGAAAACAUUUAAAAGACAUCUUGAGAUAAGUAAAAUUUAUUCUAGUUUUAUGUUUGCACUAUUUAAUAUGAAAAAUAUCGCUUUGAUACUGGUCUUUCACAGCUUCUAUUUACAUGUCGUCUUUGCGUGUAUUUUGUCAUUCUGAGUAAGGACAUAUAAUGAACAGAACAUUAAACGGUUGCGAGAAGAUAUGGAUUUAUGUUCUCGUGUCAAAAACGGUGUCUCACUCGUUCGCUGCGCUCGCUCGUGAGAUAUUGUUUUUGCCACUCGAACAUAAAAUCCAUAUCUCCUCGCUAAUAUCCUUUCUAUAUGGGCAAAUUCUAUAUAUAUAUAUACACGCCAUUUCCAAAUUUCGAUAGAAUGCUCGUGCAUCCUGCUAAGCUAAAUUGUAUAAUGUUUCUGUAGCAAAUUAGCCUCGAAUUGGUGUGAGCGUAAUUUGGAAAUGGUUUAUUUACUUCAAAGUGUAUGUUACAUGAAAUUUCUUAUUUUCUAAAUGAAAGAACUCUUUAAAGCUGUAGUGUAAGUUAUUUUUCAGUUUCUUGUUUUUGUGGUUUGUUCCCGAGAUAUUUCAAUUUGUUUGAUAUGUACUUGAGUGUGAAUAUGUCCGCUAAUUUAUGACGUCACAUUUGUUGCAAGCUCAACAAACACUGGUUAUAAAUCUAUUAACUCUAAAAAAUGUAGAUAUCAAUUUACGUUUUUCUCCAGUGUUUCAUUAUAUUUACCAGUGUGCGAAGUUUGAAAUUAUCAUCUUGGAUGAUAGCAGUGAUAUUCAACCAUUUUGAAGAGCUAGCAACCAAUGUGACGUCACAAAUUAGCGGUCAUAUUCACACUCACUUACAUAUCAAACAUAUUGAAAUAUCUCGGGAACAAACCAUAAAAACAAGAAACUGAAAAAUAAGUUUCACUACAGCAUAAAGAGUUCUUUCAUUCAAGAACACAAGAAAUUUCGUGUCAUAUACACUUUAAUGCACCUGUUGUGAUGGUAUAACGUAGAGUGCAAGUAGUAACGCCAUAUAUAUUUUUGUAUAUUUGAAGACGCUUCGUCCAUCAUUGAAGAAACUUGCAAAGGAAAUCUUGUCCCUGCCUAUUCAAUCUGGCGAACAUUCUUCGGUAAGCACAUGCAUAUACACCCAACAAUUCAUCAUAACCUACAGAUAA